AUAUAAAUGUCUGGUUUAGCGCUCUAGUUCUGGACUGUCUAUAUAUAGUAGUCGACUAGAUAUUGAAAGUGUCUAGACUAUAAAUUAUGUUGUUAUAAUGAUCUUUAUCAUUGCUCUAGUUUAAUCUGCACACCAGCAGUCAAUUAGCAUUAUUUAUUAGAUGCAGCAAUUGCAAUGCAGCUACAAACAGUUAUUAUUUGCAGCACCCAGCUGUUCGUACUGGCUGCAGCCACUCUGACAUCCACUCCCACUGUGGUCUGUCCUGGUGACACUGUCACCUUCACCUGCACUCUGCCUGGUAGUCUCAUACGAUGGAAAGUCACUCCUCCAAAAGUUCAAGGACCUUCGUUUAGAUUGACUUUAAUAUUCACCGGCAGUGGAAAUGUCGCUGUGAAUGAGGGUAAUCCAGCAUUCCGUGGUGUUCUCCAGUAGAUGAAUGCUCACUGCCACUCUCACCUCACUGUCUGAGGCCUCCAUUGUAGAAGGUACUAUGGUGUUGUGUGAGGGAGCAAGCUCACAAGAGGGUCCUCUCACUAUCACUGUGGCUGAUUCACCCUCCCCUCCACUGAAUCCAAGGGUGUCCUCCUCAGCCCAAAACCAACUCAGCUCCUCUAAUAUCACUCUGGAGUGGGACCUUCCCUCCUCUACUGGUGGUGUGUCUGUCAGCUAUGUCCUCAUCAUCUCCCCAACACCUCUCUCCAAGUCACAAGUCACUGUGGAGACUACCUUCGCACAGAUAACUGUCUCCUACAACACUCCCUACAAUGUGACAAUCAGAGCUGUCAACUGUGCUGGAAUGAGUGAUGAUGAUGUGAUGAUGAUGAUUCUUCCUAUUGUUACCUGCCCCUCCAACCCAACACCUGCGAACAGAGUGACCAUCAAUAGUGCUCCACCACUGCCUGCACUAGUAGGAUCAACACUGAGCUUCACUUGCAAUGGAGAGACAGUACCAGAAACCUGUGAGGACGGUGGUCACCUGAUCCUACCAGUUAUACCUCUGUCCCUCGGGUAA